GCCCCGCCCCUUCGCUGGCCACGCCCACCCUGGGAACGGAGCCUCGAAUGGUAGGAGCGGAAUCUCGAGCGAUGGGAACGGGAGGCGGAGUCAGCCGAGCACCGCGCACCAAUCCGCAGUGCCAGCCGAACGGUGGUGGAGGGGGUAACUCGAAGCUGGUGACGUCAUCACGACGCGGCACUCCUGGCGGCGGAAACGGGAACUAUGUGACGUCAUCAAGGCUGGCCGCUGGACUGCAAGCGUCACGGCGUAUGUCGCUGGAAUCGACAAGGGAUUUGAGUGAUGAUUCGACCGAUGAUGAGUGUCUGAGUCGGGUGUCCAAGAUUAGGACGCAUCGUAGUGUUACUGAUCAGUAUGAACGUGAGAUGAGCGCCUGCAAAAAAGCGUUGAACUGUUGAAACUGAAACUGGAGCUGCGGAGAAUGGAGGAG